ACUGUCAGUGUGAACGUCAUUUUCACAUGAUAACAACACGUGUGUUUAAAUGCCAAUCCGAAUUUUAAUAAAUUAUCGUUUAAUGUGGAAAAAACGCACAAAAUGAAUCAAAAGAAAGUUUUACAGAAACCUUCCCUAUCAUAUACCAGUCACCCUGACUAUCGAAAACCUCCAAAGAUAGCAAAUCCGUAUCUACAAUGUCUCGGAACACCGCACAUAGAUUCAUUCAAUUAUAUGUUACAAGAAGGUUUAAAGGCAGCGCUCGCGGACUUAAUACCUGCUGAGUUUGAACUCCCGACUGGUGAAAAGAUAAAAAUAACAAUCGACGAGGCUGCAUUUGCUAAACCAAGCGUUCCAAUGGACGUAGUCGGUGUUAAAACACAAAGAGUACUUCCUACAGAAUGCCGACAAAGGGCUGCCACAUAUAAGGGUGAUUUUAAAAUAAGAAUGACUUUUAAUGUUGAUAGUAAAUCAAUAACUAUCGAUAGAUCGCUAGGAAGUCUACCUAUUAUGUUAAAGUCAAAAAUCUGCUAUUUAUCGGACAUGUCUCCUGAAGAACUGGUGCAGCAUAAUGAGCAUGCUGAUGAGUGGGGAGGAUAUUUUGUUAUUAAGGGCCAUGAGAGGUUAGCACGUAUGUUGUUGGUAACGCGACGUAAUUACCCAGUUGCCAUCAAGCGUUCAGGUUGGAGGAUGAGGGGGAAUCUGUUCUCAGAUUACGGUGUCCUAGUGAGGUGUGUUACUGCGGAUCAGACAAGCACAAAUAAUGUAUUACAUUUCCUACAAAAUGGCACAUGCAAGUUAAUGUUUUCUCAUAGAAAGAUGAUGUAUUACGCACCAGUGUUGCUUAUUAUGAAAUGUUUGGUGGAUUUCCCCGAUCACUAUAUUUAUAGAUUGUUAUUACAUGGGAAGAAAGAUGAUCUAUAUUAUGUCAAUUGUAUGCAAAACAUACUCCGUGAGCUACACGAAGAAGGUCUCCAUAACUCGGAGGAAUGUAGAGCAUAUCUCGGGAAGAUGUUCAGACCAAAACUCUCCGAGUUACCACCUUGGUCCACUGAUAUGGAGGCUGCAGAUUUUCUACUUAAAAGAUGUGUUUUAAUACACCUAAAAGAUUAUAAAAGUAAAUUUUACGCUUUAGUAUAUAUGAUACAGAAGUUAUAUGAUGUUGUACAGAAUAAGUGUAAGGUAGAAGGUGCAGAUUCAGUAAUGGUACAAGAACUACAAGUGGGAGGUCAUUUAUACCUACAGGUUAUAAAAGAGAGGUUACAAAUGCUAUUAUACGUCAUCAAAGCUAAUAUACUGAAAAAAGUUAAAACAUCUAAGAAAUUCGUCUGGUCAACGAACGAAAUCCAGAACAUAGUAAAAAUGGCGGGCACGUUAGAACAACGUAUGGAAACGUUCCUAGCGACGGGCAACGCGCCUUCGAACAACGUCAAUCUCGCGCAGUACAAGGGCCUCACUAUUGUUGCUGAAAACAUCAACAGGAUGAGAUAUAUGUCUCACUUCAAAGCGAUCCACCGCGGGUCAUUCUUCAUGGAGAUGCGCACGACGGAGGCGCGCCAGCUGCUGCCGGACGCGUGGGGCUUCGUGUGCCCCGUGCACACGCCCGACGGCGCGCCCUGCGGACUGCUCAACCAUCUCACCGUGUCCGCGCAGGUAACACAACAUCCUGAUCCGAAGUUAUUGGAAUCUUUGCCGUUCGUGUUAGAGAAAUGCGGUAUGCAACCAAUAAGUUCAGUGUCGCAAACUCCGUUAUCUCAAGACGUGUACAAGUACCCAGUGUUCAUCGAUGGCCGGCUGGUCGGGUACUUCCCUGAAGAUACUGUGGACAAGUCCACAGCGUACUUACGUACUUUGAAGAUAAAGGGAGAAGAAAUGCCUAUCACUACGGAAAUCGUUGUCAUACCGAAGAAACAGAUUUGUUCGCAAUAUGCCGGCGUGUUUCUAUUCACAACGGAAGCUCGUAUGAUGCGGCCAGUCAUCAACCUGAGCAGUGGCCAGCUGGAGCUGAUAGGAACUAUGGAGCAGGUCUACCUGGACGUGGCUGUAACACACCAGGAGAUAUACAAAGGAAAAACAACACAUUUGGAGCUGUCAAAGUCAGCGUUCAUGAGCAACUUGGCGCAAUUAGUGCCGAUGCCCGACUGCAACCAGUCGCCGCGUAACAUGUACCAGUGCCAGAUGGGUAAGCAGACGAUGGGCACGCCGAUACAUACGUGGGCAAGCAACGCGGAGACCAAGUUAUACCGGCUGCAGACGCCCGCCACGCCGCUGUUCCGCCCCACGCACUACGACCGCCUCGGCCUCGACGACUACCCGAGCGGCACUAACGCCAUUGUUGCCGUCAUCUCCUAUACUGGCUACGAUAUGGAAGACGCUAUGAUAAUCAACAAAUCUGCAUACGAGCGUGGUUUUGCUGCGGGUUUCGUGUAUAAAUCGGAUUUUGUUGAACUAAAGCAUUCGUCUUCAUAUUUCUGGCGUGAUCCUUCGCGGCCUGAACUCGCUCCGCGUUUUUAUUUUUUUUUUUUGUAUUCUUAUAGUUUCUACGACGGUGAGAAGAGUCAGUUCGUGGUGAGCAAGUACCACGGCAAGGAGGAGGUGGUGGUAGAUAGUGUGCGUCUCUGCGGGGACUUCUCAGCCCGCGCGCCGAGGAAGGCCUGCAUCAUGCUACGGAUACAGCGUAACCCAACAGUGGGGGACAAGUUCGCGUCUCGCGCGGGCCAGAAGGGCAUCUGCUCGCAGCUGUGGCCCGCCGAGGAUCUGCCCUUCUCCGAGUCGGGUCUCAUCCCCGACAUCCUGUUCAACCCACACGGCUUCCCCUCGCGGAUGACCAUCGCUAUGAUGAUCGAGUGUAUGGCGGGGAAAGCCGCCAGUAUACAUGGACAUUUUUAUCUCCAUAGGGAAUCCAAGACAAGUUUUAUGCAUUUUUAUAUGAGAAUUUUUACUAUAGACGAUUUUUUUACUAUUUUAUAUGAGUUUUUUUUUAAUUUAUUCCAGGUGCGUACAACGGGCGCAGUGGAUACUUUAACCCGACAGCCAGUGAAAGGCAGAAGACGAGGUGGCGGUGUGAGACUGGGGGAGAUGGAGAGAGACGCUCUCAUCUCACACGGCGCGGCUUUCCUGCUGCAGGACAGACUCUUCGACUGCUCGGAUAAGAGCGAGGCUGUAAUAUGUACGAAAUGCGGCACGUUGCUUGGUCCCGUGUUGAGUAAGGGAGACAGCAAUAACGACAGUUGUCGUCUCUGCGGCCAGGGCAAGUUCGCGUCAGUCUACAUCCCGUAUAUCUUCAAGUUCUUUGUGACUCAGCUCGCGGCUGUCAAUAUUAAUGUCAGAAUCAAUUGUAACGGCAGCUUUGCUAUUAAAAGUUCUUAAAUAAAAUGAUAUAAAUUAAA